CUUACAGAUCGCUCGUCAGUACCGCGAACACGUCGCUCUGAAUACGCACGACUCAGUAUUACGACUCCUGAGAUAAUUCUACAUUUUUCCGGGUUUGGGCUCCUUGUGCGGUGGCCCGAGUGAUAUUUCCCAGUCGGAAAAGCUGGCGACAGUUCAUUCCAAAGAGGUUAGUUCACGUGCUGUAUAGCGUCGAAAAAUUUGGUUUUCGGUCAUCGCGUAACGUGACGUAAUAUCCGAUAUUUCGGAGCUUUUUUUUGUGCUCGUGAAACUUGUGAUAGUGAAGCUUAUAUCGAGGUUGAGUCGAGGCGCCGUUUAAUUGGAUUAAUUUGAAUUCAAGCAUGGUGGAGGAUGACAUGAUAAGGCGCAGUGAUGAAUGGUGCGUUUUGGGCAUCACAGGAAUCGGCCGUUCUGGGAAAUCAACCCUGGCGAAGAAACUAGAAGCGAAGAUCCCUGGUUCUUACGCCAUACACCAAGAUGACUACUUUCAUCCACUGGACUACGAAGGCCACGAAUAUGUAACCGGUUUAGGGGAAUCGGUUGCCAACUGGGAGAUCAUCUCAAGCAUAGAUUUCGAUAGCCUAUUAUCUGACGUCAGGAGCAUAUUAAACAGGUAUGAUCCUCCCGAGAACCCGGUAUUGAUCAUUGAAGGACACUUAGUGUUAAACGAACCGAGACUAAACUCCAUAGUGGAUAAAAGAAUUUGCUUGACGAUGGAUAAGGAGGAAUGCUGGGAAAGGAGAAAGCACGUGGACUAUGGAAAUCAUGAUUCCAAGCGGUAUUUCAACCUUUGCGGAUGGCCGGAGUACCAGAAACGAUUGAGUGAAAUGAAACAAAUGAACGACCGCGCCAAACACAACAACGAUAGAAUCAAGUUCAUUCACUACAGCACGGAUUUUGAUAAGCUGGUAGACGAGCUGAUAGCUGACGCGAUGAAAAUAUGCGAAAUCAAAUCUAAAAGUCGGCGAAAAAAAACAUCGAUAGCCUGAUGAGAAGACUCUUUUUUUUCUUGGUGUGAAAAUUAGCAGGCAUUUUCAACGUUGUGUAGUCUAUCGGCAUCGCUGCAACGCGAGUUAGAAAGGUCAGUGUGCGUGUUAUGAAAUCGUUCUGGCACUUGAAUCCUCAAGAUUAUGAAAAAAUCAUGCGAUCUGCCAAAUUGAUGAGUUUUUCCGAUCUACGUAGAAUAAUCAUGGAGCUGUUCACGAAAACUUACGGUGGAUGACUUCAUCAGUCUCAUCCACUGUCGCCUUACAUCGCCGCAAAGAAUUAAAAACCUACCCUCUGGGAAGGCUUGUUCUUUUUACACUUUUGUCAGAUUCUUUUUAAAGUACGAUUCCAAGUCAAAUAAAUAUAAUUAUUUUAUUCAAUUUUCAUAAGUAUGAAGGGUAAAUAAUAAAACUUUUGCAAGCAUUAUACCAAGUGUAUGCCGUGUUUAUCGAGGUGAAACUAGUGUAAAAUAAAUAUGGUAUUUGCCUAGGCUGCUCAAAGUAGAUCGAAGUCUGUGUCAAAAAGAAUCAUUUCACGCGAGGACAUGAUUCGCAAUUUUUUUUUUUUACAAUUUUUCAAUACAAUUUGAAUACACCUGUGACAAGUGAAUAUCUUAAAAAAAUUAGUAUGCAAUGGGAGCACAAAUUUUAUGGGAUUAGGCUCUCCCACACUUCUGAAAUGUUGUUGUUAAAUAAUUUUACGUGGAGCUUGUGCUAGCAAGAUUAAAACUGAAAUAUCAAUCAAAUUCGAUCGUCAAUUUUAUAUCAUCACAAUUCGUAUUAAAUUAAACAGUUUCGUCAAAA